AGCCAGGCAGGGACUGAGGGCUGGCCCGGGUCCUCACCGGCGGGGACCCCCUGGAAACGUGGUGCCCUCUGCAGACCCUCCCUCCCUGCUCUCUGUCCCAACUAAAGAUUGCUGUAAAACUUUCUUGGAGAGCGUUUGUAUGACUGUUUCUAGGGCGUGCAAAGAACAGAACUUCCUAUUCUCCCGCAUAGUUUGGGAAUAAAUAAUUCUUUAGUUCUUUGAUUUUUAUUUUCUUUUUACCUUGAGUAAAACUGAUGUGCCCAUAGUUUUCAUAAAACCUCAGAUGAUAAGCUGUACUGACAAGUGUGUUUUAUCACCGUUAGGUUUUGGUUAGUACUGGAUUUUAGCACAGUUCAUUAGAAGAGCGGGUAUGAAGUUCUAUGGAUAGAUGCUCCACAGAUAUAGAGACAUAUUUAGAUAAACAAAUCGCCGAAAUCCCAGUGUUUCCUAAAGGGUCAUGAGGGUGCAGUGAGGUUUUUUUGUUUGUUUGUUUUGUUUUUCAUAAGCCAUUUUGAGUAUUACGUCCUGGAUACGUUUCCAGCAGAAAGGCACAGCCUGUCGUUUGUUUUCUUUACUUUUUCCCGGCAAUAUAUUUUUUACUCUUUGAGAAUUUCAUACCGUGUAUUUUGAACAUAAUCAUCCCCCCCAUCUGUUCUAUUCAUUGUAUUUGUUUGCUUUUAGAUUUAUGUGUCCCACGUGAGGUUCUGGAAGUUACAGAUAGUCGUGAGCCACCAUGUGGAUGCUGGGAGCCAAGCCCAGGGCAUCUUGCAAGAGCAGUUGGUGCUCAUAACAACUGAACCAUCUCAGCUUCCUUAUUUUUGUUUGUUUUUUAAGACAGGUUCUCUCUCAGAAGCCCUGGCUGUCCCGGAACUGGCUAUGUAGACCAGGCUGGCCUCAAACUCGCAGAGCUCUGCCGGCCUUGGCCUUGGCCUCUGCCUGAGUGUUACAUUUAAAGGUGUGUGCCAUGCCCAGCUUCUGGUCAAUUUAAAAGUCCGGAACCUCGAGCCUAAGCUAGCACUGUGCUGGUACAAUGCACCAGGUACACGGGCUUGUGUCUGCCCCACACUUGGUUCCCUAGUGGCGCCCACCAGGACUUGAUGAAGGCUCUGUUUUGUGCUUGCUAGGCCAAUACUGUACCAACUGAGCCACAUCCUUGGCGUUUUUGUUUUUAUUUUAGACAGGGUCUCAUUUGGUCCAGGGUGGCCUCGAACUUGCUAUUUAUGGCUGAGGGUGACCUCACGCUCCUGAUCCUCCUGCCUCCAUCUUCCAAAUACUGGGAUUAAAAGCAUGAGGCACCAUGCCUAGCCAUUGGCAAAACUUUCAAGAACAAACAACUUGAGGUUAUCUAGAGUAAAGCAGAGGGAGACGUACACGAGUGAGGUUCAGAAGCCUAGCAGUGGUUAAUACUUGCUAAAGCUCCUGUUCAACCUACAGAAGACAGAAUAUUGGAUGGCCGGAAGUACUUGGAUUCUCUGCUCCUCCCUAGGCUGGCAGUAACCGCUCUCCUGCGGAAAAUGAAGGUGUGACGCUCCAAGACAUCAUGAACUUUUCUGAUAUUUACCGCUCCAAUGAAGAGUAUUUCAGGAAACUCAAAGAGCUGAAGGCUGCCCAUGUAGAAACCAUGGCAAAAUUAGAGAAAAUGUACCAGGACAAGCUAAAUAUAAAAGACAUUCGGCCAGUGGUCAUCAGGGAAGAGUCCUCUAGUGUCUCCUCUAGUUCUGCAUCGGAACAGAACUGCGCUCACCCUGUCAUGUUAGUGACAUCGAUUUCAGAGCCUCAGAUAGGCCGGUCGCCCUCGCUGUCCACUACUUCUGACGAGGAUCUGCCCAGCCUGGAGAGAGAGACUCCCCGGGAGAGCAGGAUGGCAGCCUAUGCAAGGGAGCUCAUCAACAACAUGUGGGUUGGCUUUUCCGUAGAAGAUUACAUUCAGUGUGACUCUGACGUCCAGAGAGCUAAGAAAACAAGGAAGAAACCCAAAUCCUGGGUGCCCACGAUCACAGUGCCUGUGCCCUUUCAGAUGACAGUCAGAGAACAGAAGAGGCGAGAGGAGAUGCAGAAAGCAAGGUCAGGUCUGGAAAGUCGGCAGAAGCUGCCCAAGAGGGACGACGAUGAGGACGAGGCUGAGUGUAAGAAGAAAUUUCGAGCCAACCCGGUCCCCUCUUGUUUGCUCCUCCCCCUUUAUGAGGAUCUGGUCAGACAGACUGAAGAACGGAGGAGGAUAGCCAGGGAGAGGAGCAAAGCCGAGCUCCUGUCCUCCCAGAAGCCUUUCAAGUUCAUUGCCAGGGAGGAACAGAAGCAAGCCGUCCGCGAAAAGCAGCUGAGAGACCUUUUUAAGUCGAAAAGGAAAACGAAGCGGUUUAAAGCCAGACCUGUGCCUCACUCUAUUUACAGGGCAGCUGCAAAUGCCAAGUCAAAGGAGGAGGAGCUCGGUAGGAACGCCAGGACGCAGUCGAGGGACCGAGAACUACUGCCGAAUUCCCCCGGGCGCUGUAGGCCGGCUUGCAGACAUUUACGGGACCCCCAAAGUACCGAAAAGCCGAGGAGUAGACACAGGUGUAGGUGCCUGAGCCCUGAUGACGGAGACUUGCCAGAGAAGCACCCGAAGGCGCCCUUCUCAGAACACAGCUUUCAGAAACGCUCAACUCUUCGUAAACAGCGUGGUCUUCACGAAUCCCCGUGUGACUCUGCUAAAAGACAGAAAGUCUUGGCAGACGUCGGAUCUGAUGAAGAAAAUCGGAAAGAAACAUACUGGCUUUAUCUGCCUCCAAGGCGGAAGUCACCAGUCAGGGGUGCGUGUGCAAAGCCCAGGCCUUGUCAGCGCAACCCUCCGAUGUCCACCCAGUCUUCCCGAGGGCGGGAACAAGCCAUCAGGAAAUCACUUGAGGAAAAGAAAAUGUUGGAAGAAGAGAGAAAGCGGAUCCUAACUAAGCAGAAGCAAAGAAUGAAAGAAUUGCAGAAGCUCCUGGCAACCCGGGUUAAGGCUUAUGACUCACAUCAGGGCUUAGCCCAGAUGUCUAAAUCCAGAGUAAACCAUCUCAGAAAGAGUGAGAAGGCAAGGAUGAAGGAAUAUUGGCAAGAACUGGAAGAGCGAGACAAGAAGCUGCAGACGAGGCCGCUGCUGUUUGAACGAGUUGCCCAGAGGAAUGCAAGGACAGCAGCGGAAAAGCGCUAUGCUAACACCCUGAAAGCACUAGGACUGUCUGAGGAGUUUGUUUCAGAGAAAGGCCGUGGUGGAAAAGUGUCUAAGGACUUCACCAGGCAAGAGCUGAGAAGCCGCACGUCGGAUAAAGAAAGCUCUUAUGAAGAAGAGAGAGAGAAUGAGGAUGGAAACUAUUUAAGUGAUGCCAACAGCCAGGAUUCUUGCAAGGAAAACACCGAAGAUGUUAAAGAAAGCAGAGAAGAAAAUUCCGAAGACUGAACCCGAAUCACAAGGCUGCCUCUCCCUGAGCCUUUCUGUGUGCAGCCUCAGGACCUCAGCCCUGCCCUUGUGGUGAGCAUGUGCUGGGACAGCUCGCACACGUGUAGGACUGCUGAACCAGGACAUCACGUCUGGGACAGGCUGAGUCCACACAGUGGGUGACUGAUUGCUGGAUGACAGCUGUGCCCCCUGCAGUGUGGAGAUCACUCUGUACACUGCUUGUGGUUCUGUUUGUGUUUGCAGAUUAGAGAGCCACAGCAGUCACAGGUGGAUUGGUUCUGGAAAUGCACGUUCGCAUUUGGUAGGGGAAAGAGUUUGAUAUUGAGAGACCUAUUAGCUUUUGAAGAUCUAGUUUUAAAUUUACUAAGUAUUUUCAAUUUUCUCUGAACUGCUUUUUAAAUAAGUAAUAUACAGAAAAAGAUAGGUACUUAGAAAUUCACAGUAAUUUCUGCACUGAAAAUCUACUGCUAAAUUGUCCACACCAUGGCUACGUUUUCUUUCUUUCUUUCUCUCUUUCUUUCUUUCUUUCUUUCUUUCUUUCUUUCUUUCUUUCUUUCUCUUUCUUUCUUUUUUCUUUUUUUUUGUUGGAGAUUAAAUCCAGGGCUCACACUUCACAUGAAUUCUACCACUGAGCUACACCCCUAAUGCCCCCACUAUUUUUGAUAGGUAAAGUAUUAAGGUAAUUUAUGUUACUUUUAAAAAUCCUGUGUAUUAUUGCAUAUAGAGUAAUUAUGGCCUUUGUGUGUGGUAGUAUGUUUGUUUGUUUGGUUUUGGCUUUUUGAUACAGGGUUUCUCUGUGUAUCCCUGGCUGUCCUGGAACUUGUUCUGUAGACCAGACUAGUCUCAAACUCAGAGAUCCGCCAGCCUCUGCCUCCAGAGAGCUGGGAUUAAAGGCAGCACCCCCACUACUCAGCGUGUGCGGUAAUCUUAACUGAGAGACACACGUCCCUGUUCUAAAUAUGCUGAAAUUGUCAUCCUAAUUUGCCAAAGGAAAAUCCUAAAAGUAAUUCAGAUUUACUGUUUUUAUUGCUUACUUGUGCUUAACUAUGUACACACUGUUGCAAAUUUACUAUCACUGUUCAAGGUUAAAUUUGACCUUGAGUCAUUUUUCCCUCUUCAAGCACGUUUCUGUUUUGGAAAUUAAAACUCAUCUUUAAGAUGCUACAGGGUAGGACAUUGCGUGUCUAGCAAUUAGCUUUACAAAGGACGAAUAAUAGAGGUGGGCGAGGGCCUCUCCCAGGCACCUCCUUAUGCUUGGUAAGGUGUGUUCUCAGCUGGGGCGCACGUUCAGUUACUUGCCAGUAUUUUUAGAUCACAGCAUUUCAUGUUGCAUUAGCGGCUCACACAGGGUAGUGCAUGCGGUAGACAACUUAAUGCAGGUCUGGAUAAGUGGAUGAAUGGCUUCCAAUUAUAGCUACUUCAGAGUGAUUUAGAAAUAUUUCCAACUUACUGAGUGCUUGUAAAACAGCCCACUAACUGUCAUAUUUAGAAGGUUGCUUCUCCUCUCAAUUUCAUGGAGAGAGUGCAGUUUGAGGAUUUCAUGGAGAGAGUGAAGUUUGAGGAUUUCAUAGAGAGAGUGCAGUUUGAGGAUUUCAUAGAGAGAGUGUGGUUUGAGGAUUUCAUGGAGAGAGUGUGGUUUGAGGAUUUCAUGGAGAGAGUGUGGUUUGAGGACAUUAACUACUUCAGGACAGGUCUUCAGUUUUCUUACCUACUGAGAUGUGGAAAUCUGUAGCAGCCUGCUCCUAGUGCAGGGGAGGAAACCAGGGCAAAGCCCCACCCCAGUCUCUUCGUUGCUUUCCAUUGUUUGGCUUUGCUUGUUUGUUUGAGAGCUUGCUUCAUAGCCCAGAUUGGCCUCAAAUUUGCAGUCCUGUUUUACCCUCCAGAGUGCUGGGAUUACACCCCAUCCCCAAGACUUUAUAUUUCCUUCCUUCCUUCCUUCCUUCCUUCCUUCCUUCCUUCCUUCCUUCCUUCUUUCCUUCCUUCCUUCCUUCCUUCCUCCUCCUCUUUGUUCUCCUCCUCCUGCAGGGUGUAGCCUUGGCUGUUCCAAAUCUCAUUCUGUAGACAGGCUGGCCUCAAACUCAAAGAACUGCUUGUCUCUGACUCUGUGUACAUCUAUGUGCAGGUAUGUGAAUGUGAAUUCAGGUGCCUGUGGAACCAGAAGAGUGUGGCAGCUUCUGAGGCACUGGGGUUCCAAGUGUUUUAAACUGACUGAUGUUGGGUACUGGAAGCCAAGCUUGUGUCCUUUGCAGGAGCAGUACAUGCUCUUAGGCACUGAGCCAGCACUCCAUGUCCAACCAGCUUGAUACUGGUUGCAAAAUUAUCAUUAGGUCUCAGGAAUGAUCUCCAAAAAAGGUCAAGAAAAGAAUAUGGCUCAUGGCUUGGUUGGCAACUAUUUUCUUCCUUUUUUAUAAUUUUUUUAAAGAUUUAUUUUUAUUUUAUGUGUGGGUUUCUGCCUGCAUGUGUUUUGUCUGUAUACCAUGGACAAUAGAGUGCACUGGGAAUAGGGUGUCAAUUUCCUGGAACUAGAGUUGCCGUUGGUUGUGAACCUCCUGAGGGUGUUUGGAAUUGAACCUGGGUCCUCUGGAGCAGCUAGUGCUUCCAAAGACCUCUUACUGUGUUUUUAUGUUGCUGAGGCUGGCACUGUGCUCAGUGAAGACAGAAAGAAAACCCUCUAUUCUGAGCUUUCCUUGCAGCUCGGAGGGCUCAUUAUACCAUAUUAGCCAGGAAGAAGUGGGCUUAGGAACCUUCUGGAGGGUCUUAAUUCAAGAGAUGUAGCCGGAUCCUUGUCUCCACUGUCUGCGAGGCCGAACAUGCAGUGAGAGUCAUCAUUUACUGUUUGCGGACUGCUUACUUUUCCAAGAAGAAAGGUAACUGCGUUAACCUCUGAGGAUGGAACCACAAAAUAGGCUGUCAACGUGGAACACAGCACCAGAGCCUUGCUUCAGUAAUAUUUCUGUUCUCUUUGGACUAUUAAUAAAGAACAUGACCACCUCU